ACGUGAGUAAUCGCGUUGCACUGGCGCCCCCUUGCGGCAACAUUCAUUCACACUAUCGACUAUUCAGCGGCAGCAAGGCAAUAGCGGUACAAACCUGUCAUGCUUUAGGAGGGACACACACGCACACACACAAGCUAGCCGGACUGAAUUGAGCCCAGCCCCACCUCAGGAGGCGUCUGGAUUGAGAGCAGAUCGCAUUCGAUCCAUCUGAUCAUCACCAGAGCGCCUUUAAUUCUCAGUCUCAGCGACAGACAGACAGCAACACGAGUCAUGGAGACCAGACUGCCCUCCAGCUAGCUAACUGCUAUCCGGUCGGAGCCCGAAAACAUGCGCUAGACAGGGUAUUAUUAGAAGACUGUUUCCUGUUUUCACUGGAGUGACACUGCUGUCACAUCUGGCCAUCAGCAGCUGAAGAUGCAGACUUUCCUGAGAGGCAGAAGAGUGGGCUACUGGCUCAGCGAGAAGAAGAUGAAGAAACUCAAUUUCCUGGCCUUUGCAGAGAUGUGCAGGAAAAGAGGAAUAGAAGUUGUUCAGCUUGACCUGAGUCAGCCGUUAGUGGAGCAGGGUCCCCUGGACGUCAUCAUUCACAAGCUAACAGACCUGAUCCUGGAAGCAGACCAGAAUGACACCCAGUCCCUGCUGCUGGUCCAGCGUGUGCAGGAUUAUAUUGACGCUCACCCAGAGACCAUCAUUCUUGACCCACUUCCAGCCAUCCGAACUCUGCUGGACCGCUGCAAGUCCUACCAGCUGGUGCACAGGAUAGAGGACUGCAUGAGAGAUGUGAGGAUCUGUUCUCCUCCAUUUAUGGUGCUGAACAGUGAGUGUGGCCCAGACACGCUGGAGCAGAUCAAGCAGCACAGUCUUACAUUCCCUUUCAUUUGCAAAACACGGGUUGCUCACGGAACUAACUCUCAUGAGAUGGCUAUAAUAUUCAACGCAGAGGACCUAAAGGACGUGAAGCAACCGUGUGUCAUUCAGAGUUUUAUAAACCACAAUGCCGUGCUCUAUAAGGUGUUCGUGGUAGGCGAGUCGUACACUGUGGUGGAGAGACCAUCACUCAAGAACUUCCCCUCUGGACCGUCUGACAGAAAAGCGAUUUUCUUUAAUAGCCACAAUGUGUCCAAGCCAGAGUCGUCCUCUGACCUCACAUCUAGAGAUAAUGUAGAAGGUGUUUCCCAACCACCAAAUGAGGGUGUCAUUAGGGAGCUGUGUAAAUCUCUACGGGAAUCUCUUGGUGUUUCGCUCUUCGGCAUCGACGUCAUCAUUAACAACCAGACGGGCCAACACGCAGUCAUAGACAUCAAUGCAUUCCCUGGGUAUGAGGGUGUCCCAGAGUUCUUCAAUGAUCUCCUCAACCACAUCAUCAGUGUCCUCCAAGACCACUCCUCCAGUGACCCCUCUGCCCCGCCCCCUUUAGGCGCAGGAGAGCGCAACCGCGCCCCAUCCCAGGAGUGCUGCGGCAUGCUCGGCAAAGAGUCGGACAGCAGCCCCUGGAUCGUGGAGGGCGACGGUGGUCUGAAAGGCCCACGUCAGAGACUGGUCUGCAACUCGGCCAUGUCCCCCAACUUCCAACAGCACUGCGUGUCCACGAUAGCCACUAAAGCCUCGUCACAAUAACUGCCGUGUCCCCAUGCACCCCUCGUCCCGCCGUCCUUCCCUGAACAAAUUGUGAAGACAAACUGAAUAGUAUACAAUAACAAUAAUAACUAUUAUACUGAUGAAUAUAUCUGUAAUCAAAAAUAAACUAUAUUGGGAAUAAUCAUGAUGUUGAUAAUGAGCAUUGGAUUCUAUCUCCUAUGCCUUUGUAUACGUUUUAUUUUUUCAUUUUCUUUCUCUUCAGUCUAACAACUCAGUACUGUAAUGCGAACUUUCGGGAAAUCAACAGUGAUCAGCAGCUAUUUUAUCUUUUUU